AGCUUACUACAUCACGACCCCGCGCCAAUGGAAGGCUGGGGAGGAGAACCAAGUGUGUGUCUACGUGCCCAACCCAGCGUCUCCUGAAGGCAGCUUGACCUUAAGUAUGUCUUCGAGGAGCUACAGGCACAACGAGUGGGUGAAUAACACUCUUCUGGCCAACUACACGAUCCAGGUCCCGGCAGGAAAGACAGAAAUAUGCGAGGACAUCACCCUAGAACCAGCUGAUGACUAUGGAGGUGACCUUCGAUUGACCGGCAAGGUGGGCGGAGCUGACCUGGAAGAGACACGGAACAUCAGGCUGAGGAGGAGCUACAACCUGACCUUCAUCCAGACGGACAAGUACCUGUACCAGCCAAGUCAGGAAGUCAAGUUCAGGGUCCUCACUGUGUACGGGUCCAAGGCACAGGUCGUUACUGAGCAGUACCCGGAAAUCUGGAACCCGGAAAUCUGGAUCACAACCUACUUACCGGAAAUCUGGGUCACAACACCCUCCAGAACCCGCAUUGCCCAGUGGAAGAACGUCACCACGUCAUCCGGCCUCGUCCACCUGUCCUUCCAGCUGGCUGACGAACCCGAGGAGGGUUUUUACAACAUCCACGUCAAGGGACCCGAUGGCAGGACAAACACAAACAGUUUCAAGGUCGAAGAGUACGUUUUGCCGCGGUUCGAGGUCACGAUGACGCCGCCAAAAUACGUCUUGGCUUCCGAUGAGAAGUUCGUCUUCACCGUCUGUGCAAAAUACACUUUCGGACAGCCAGUGAAGGGCAACGUGACCUUCGAAUUGAACAACGACCAGAGACGAAAGUGCAGAGUUGAAGCCCAGAGGAAUGAGAGCAUCACGGGGUGCAAGGACUUUGAGAUCACAGCCGAGGAGAUGCGAAUCACGGACUGCAACGUGUACAACCUGCGAGCCUCGGCCAUGGUGGAAGAGGAUGGCACUGGCGUCGUCCUCGGUGCCGGAACCAGUGCCAGCGUUCUCAGGACCGCCGUCACCUUCGAGACCGUUUACGAGGAUAAUUACAAGAAGCCCAACUUGCCUUAUACGCUGAAGGUAAAAGCUGUUUGGCCCGAUAAGUCGCCUGCAGCUGGAGUCCCUGUCGAAGUGUGUGCAGCUGGAAAGUGUAAGAACAUGACAACAGCUGCUGACGGUUUGUUCACAGCUCUAGUUUCUUCGGACAACAUAAUAGGAUCUUAUGUCAACCUUGAACUGCCGCGCCGACAUGCACUCGUCCUCCUACUCCAAGGAACUCCAGCAUUACUACUCCCCCUCAACUCCUCACUCCUUAUCAAGUACCCGAAGGCCAACUCAAGUGCACUCCAGGGCAGGCCGGUAAAAGCUGUUUGGCCCGAUAAGUCCCCUGCAGCUGGAGUCCCUGUCGAAGUGUGUGCAGCUGGAAAGUGUAAGAACAUGACCACAGCUGCUGACGGUUUGUUCACAGCUCUGGUUUCUUCGGACAACACUAAUAGGAUCUUUAUGUCAACCUUGAACUGCCGCGCCGACAUGCACUCGUCCUCCUACUCCAAGGAACUCCAGCACUACUACUCCCCCUCCAACUCCUCACUCCUUAUCCAAGUACCCGAAGGCCAACUCAAGUGCACUCCAGGGCAGCCCGGUACCUACAACAUACCCAUCUAUUUCUCUGCCAAAAACCAGGAGAGGGCUUCUUUCACCGUGCAGGUGAUCUCACGAGGGAAGAUCCAGAGCUAUGAGACCCAGGACGUGGAAUUGCUCCCUGGCUCGCUGCCCAUCGACGCCGAGCACCUGGUGGACCCCAUCAGCGCGCCCGCGGACGGUACAGUGACGGGCAAGAUCGACUUUCCCAUCUCGCUCCCGCCCACGGCCUCGCCUACCGUCAAUGUCUUGGUCUGGUACACACGCGACGACGGCGAGGUGGUGUCAGACAAGGCUGAGCUGAAGGUCGAGAAGUGUCUGGGCUACCGUACCAACCUCACCUGGUCAGCGGCGCAGGCUCAGCCGGGAGAAGCCACCACGCUCACAGUCACGGCGGAACCCAACGCUGUGUGUUCAGUCGGCGUGGUCGACAAGAGCACGGAGCUCCUCUCCCCGCAGCCGGACCCCAUCAGUCUCGACGAGAUCUUCAGCUUCGUCGACGACUACAAGACCCCUUGGAUUAAUUCGCAGGUGAACGACAACGACUACUGUUCGAAGAAGGCGUUCGAGGAGGCGCAGGCGAAGGCGGAGGCGGAGGCGGCGGAGGCGGCGGAGGCGGCAGAGGGCCCAGGGAUUGCCGAAAAGAUAUUUGGUUGGUGGUCUUCAAAGCUGGGGAUGGAAGGGGGGGGGUCAGUCAAUUUGUUCCCCCCUCCUCGCCGUAACUAUUACAUGUUGCGCGUUGAAAUGUUCGAUGACGCUGGCCUUCACGUGAUCUCCGACUUCACCAUCGAAACUCGACCUUGUGAAAAGGACGAGCGAAAUUACGUCAGCUUCAGCAGGCCAGGAGUCUUCGCAGGAGCAGGUGGCGGCGGCGGCUUCGGCAUCCAGGAGGCGGCGGUCGACUUCCUCCCGGCCGCCCCUCCGCCGGCAGCCUUCGCUCCUACGGCUGACGUCGGACCCGAACUCUCGAAGGAGACCGUGGCGGAGGCGGACGCCAACACUCCCAGAACCGAUUUCCCCGAGACGUGGCUGUGGGACCUCGUGACUGUGCCGGCAAGCGGAGUUAGCGAGCAGAACCUCGAGCUCCCUGACACCAUCACCAAGUGGGUGGGCAAGGCCGUGUGCGCCCACCCGGAGAAGGGCGUGGGACUGUCCGAGCGGACAUCCAUCACCACCUUCACGCCCUUCUUCUCGGACUUGACCCUCCCGCCCUCCGUCAAGCGAGGCGAGGUCCUGCCCGUCAACCGUAUCUCCGUCUUUAACUACCUCGAUCAGCCCUUGCCGGUACGAGUGAUCCUUGAGGAGAGCUCCGAGUACGAGGUGGUGGAGGAUCCCUCGCUCGGAACAGGGAACGAGCGGACGUCCUGCCUGGCGCCGCAGGACAAGGUGGUGCACACGAUCAAGAUCCAAGCGCUGGCUCUCGGCGACGUCAACCUCACCGUCUCCGCCUUCGUGGACUCCAGCAUCCCCGAGGCCUGCGACACGACAGAGCCCGUCGUGAAGAGAGACACUCUGAUCAAACCCAUCAAGGUCGAGGCAGAGGGAUUCCCGAGGGAGGAAACUUGGACCAAAUACGUUUGUGCUGAAGAACUGGCCGAGGGCAAGGACAGCAUGGAGGUGUGGCAGGUGGCGCCCCCGGAGAAGAUCGUGGCUGACUCCGCCCGGGGUUGGGUCACGGCCGUCGGUGACCUGCUGGCUCUGUCGCUCGAGAACCUGGGCUCCCUCAUCCGCAUGCCGUACGGGUGUGGCGAGCAGAACAUGAUCAACUUCGCCCCCAACAUCUACAUUAUGCAGUACCUGGAGGCGACGAGGCAGGGGACGCCGGAGACCACGGAGAAGCUCCUCCGGUUCAUGAGGACCGGAUACCAGAGGGAGCUCCUGUACCGACGAACCAACGGCUCCUUCAGCGCCUUCGGGAACGCAGACGACUCUGGCUCGACGUGGCUGACCGCUUUCGUGCUCAAGUCCUUCGCUCAGGCAGAUCCUUACAUCUCGAUCGACACGGAAAGCCUCGAGGUGACGAGAACCUGGCUUAGCAAAUCCGAGCGUGACUCCAACGGCUGCUUGAUCUCCGUCGGGAAGGUCUUCCACAAGGGGAUGAAGGGCGGUCUGGCUGACAGCGGAACGCCCGUGCCGCUGACGGCCUACGUGCUGACAGCGCUGAUCGAGGCCGGCACCAUCCCCACCGCCAGGAUCGUGACGGACGCCACUCGCUGCGUGCUCUCCGACUCCUCCAGCGACCCUUACACUGUGGCCGUGAAGGCGUACGCGCUUGCCCUGGCGAAGCACCCCGAGGCGCAGACGCUUCUGCAGCAGCUGAUCGACAUGGCCGUGGUGGAGGAGAACGCCAUGUACUGGGAGACGGCGACGGGAAGCUCUAAGAGCAGUCCCCUUGCCGUGGAGACCGCCGGGUAUGCCAUCCUAGCGAUGAUGACCCAGGAUCCUGAGCAGUACGUGCUCAACGCGAGGAAAGUGGUCAAGUGGAUCACCACCAAGAGGAAUGGCCUCGGAGGAUUCUACUCCACACAGGACACAGUCGUGGCUCUGCAGGCUAUGGCCAGCUACGAGACCAACACGCACCAAGGACCUCUGGACGUCGUGGCCACCGUCACUGCCAAGGACUUCUCUCACGCCUUCACCGUCAACGAAAACAAUAAACUCCUGGAGCAGCUCCAGAAACUCCCGACUUUCCCGACCGACGUCACCGUCAACAUAGAGGGCCAAGGGUGUGCUGUGAUGCAGGCUGUCCUCCGCUACAACAUCCCCGAGCCGGAAGCCAGCGACGCCUUCGCCCUCAACGUCACGGCGACCAACGACCCGAGCGGCGGCUGUGUCUCCAAGCGCGUCCAGGCCUGCUCCAGCUACCUCCUCCCCGACGGCAAGUCCAACAUGGCCGUCAUCGAGGUCAAUCUCAUUUCCGGCUUCAUCCCGGAGAAGGAGGACCUCAAGGCCGUUGUGAAAUAUAACAGCAAGGUGGUCAAGCGGUACGACGUGGACGGCAGCAAAGUGUCCUUCUACAUCGAGGAGUUCAAGGCCGGAGAGGAAGUGUGCGUCAGCUUCCGCAUCUCGCGUGAGGUGGAGAUCGAGAACACGAAGCCUGGGUCCGUGGUCGUCUACGAUUACUAUCAGCCGGAGUUCGCUGUCAGCAAGAGUUACAGCUUCCCGGCCAUUGACGGAUGCACGCGGUGAGGCGAAGGCAGCUGUCUCGUAUGAAGUGCAGCAGACAACACCACCACUUGCACUUUCCUCUCUCAUCCGUAGUCGCACAUGCACUUAGUUAUGGCUACUUAGUUAUUUCAUAUAUUUUUUAUUCAUUUAUGACUCAUUUUCGAUGCAGCACAAUAACAAUUGUGUUAUAAAAGCAUGAAUAGACUGAUCAUGUUUCCACGAUCAUAAAAAAAGAAAAAGAUAAUUAGAAUUAAAAAGAAAGCACCUUUAUAAAAUGUGAUGAGAGAGCAAGAAUAACAGUACAGACUAUGUUAAAAAUCCAAGAGGAUAUCACAACAUAGGUAUUAAUGAUUAAUAUCCUUUAUUAUCAGAAUUCACUCUGAAUCACAUUUUGUGUAUCAUUUCCCAAUAAAAGUGUCACACAAC